GCUGUCUGUGCCGGGAGCGCCAUUGGCCUGCGUGCCACCGAUGCCCCGCGCUUUGCCUCGCGUCGCCGAGACCUCCCGGGGUAUUGAUGCGCUUCCCGCCCGCUGACGCUUGCCAAGAUGGCGGCACCUGAGGAGGGGGACACCGAGGCUCCGCCACCUCCUCCUCCCGCUGAGGACAAGCCUCCCGGGGGAGCGUCCACUGCCUGCGGGGCUCCCCUCAGCGUGGCGGCGGUGGAGGAGGAGGAUUGCAGGGGCGCGGUAGGGCCCGCCAACCCCCUGCCCUCUGCGGGGGGCCCAGAGCUGCUGGCGACAGCGGGGGAGCUGGCGCAGAGCUUGGCAGCCGUGGAAGCCGGAUCGGCGGCAGCGGGCACAGUUCUGUACGUGCAGGAGGACGGGAGCGUGGUGGAGGGUGAGCGGCUGAGCGCCGUGGAGGUGCGGCUGCUGCUGGAGCAGCUGCUGGCUGCCGCCGACAGCCCGUCGCCGGGCACGGCGGAACCGCCGCCUCCUCGGCACGCCGCCACGCCGCUGGCCCCCGCGGAGGUCCAGCGGGUCAUCGAGCAGGUGAGCAAGGCCCAGGAGAAGAAGCUGCCGCCAACCGCCCCGCCGGAGCCCUGCCUGGGGCCGCCGCCGGCCAGCAUCAUGCACAACGCCGCCCAGCAGCUGCGGAGCGUUGCCCAGCAGGUCGCCAAGCAGCAGGGCAGUUCCGUGGCCGCCACCCGGCUCCUCCCGCAGAAGCAGCUGGAAGCCAUUCGUGUCCAAGUUCAAUCAGGACAGAUGAAGGAAACUGAAAGGCCAGUGCCAUCAUUGGCCCCAGUCCAGCCCAAAACUGUAAGGCUGAGUCAAUCAGUUAGUAGGAAUUCUAACAUGCCAGGACUUGGUAUUGUUAAUCCCCAGAUAAUUAGGUUACAGCCUGUUACAGGAACUAGGCAGCAGCAGCAGCUAUUCCUGCAUAGCUCUUCCAAGUCUCCAGUUCAGCUGCUAAUGGAGAAACCUUUACCAUCAUGUGGAUCAGCGUCUCUCAAAAAGAUUCCCACACCUAAGAUGCUAAAUGGACAGAAAGCUGCAUGUGCCACAGGAUCGGCUGCAAGAUCUUCAAAUGUUAACCUGGUGUCAGGCAGUUCAGCAAACACUCUGGUACCAUGUCUUGAAAAAAACCAAAAAGAUGACAAGUUAAAAAAAUCCUUGAAAGUGAAAACACGUUCUGGACGGAUUUCACGCCCCCCCAGAUACAAAGCUAAAGAUUAUAAAUUCAUUAAAAUGGAGGAUUUGGCUUAUGGUCAUCGGUCUGAUUCUGAUGACUACUCUGAGCUGAGUGUAGAAGAUGAUGAAGAAGGAAAGGUGAAGGGAAAAGAUACAUUAUUCCAUUCUUCAAAUUAUGAUCUGAACCCCAAAACGUUUCAAUGUCAGACUUGUGAAAAAUCCUAUCUAGGAAAAGGAGGAUUAACAAGACAUUAUAAACUUAACCCAGGCCAUAGAGAGCUGGAGUCUUCACCUCAAAAAAUACCUUUAAAUAAGCCUAAUGGAAGUAUAUUGGUGGACAAUGACUGUGGAAUAAGAGAGGAAAUGAUGAGUCCAGCACAUUUGGAUUCAGUUGCUGCCACUUUAAAUAAGGAAAAUGCACUAACUACCAGUCUGGAAGGAGCUGUUGAUUCAAAAGCUGGAGAACAGACCUGUAAGUCUCCAGAAAGCAGACCCUUGUUGGCAGAACAACAAAAAGAAAGCAGUCCAGGGCACCAGGAACCUGUAACACCAGAAGGACCUGGAAGACCCAGACGAUCAAGGAGACAUGGUCGACUACAGAAGGGUGGAAGGUCCAGGUGUUCUGGAAGGCUGAGCAGACCUGGUCAAUCCCCUUCAAAAUCACUCAGUAGCGUGUCAGCAGAACGCAAUGUAUACAGAAAAAGAAAAGCUAGGUUAAAAGAGUUAAUACAACAAUGCGAUAAUGAAGACUUAAUGGAGCUGGCUCUCCCACGUCUCACAAAAGUUGUUACAGUAUUUGAAUUUCUGUUGAUGAAGGUUGAAAAAGGGUAUCCAGGCAAAGCCUACUUCCCAGAUGUGUAUAAGGAAUUUGAAGACUUGCAUAAUAUGGUAAAGAAAAUGGCUUAUCGUCACCUCAGUAAUUCAAAUUUGCUGAGUUGUCAGCAGCCUGUUGAAAUAAGAGAUGCUAAGGUUGCUGAAUCCCUAGGAAUUACAGAAAUACUUGCUGGACAAGGAAAGACACAAGGUGCAGACUCUUCUUCACAAACUAUAAUUAAAACUGUUAGUGAGCAAGUGCCUCUGGAGAUACUGGGACAAAAACGGUUAGUUGAGAGCUCAGGGGAGGAACUGUUGCCAUCAGCCAAAAGGACCAAGUUAGAAGAUGUAAUGGAGAAUGUGAAUAAUGAUAAUGCCAGUCAAGAUGAAGUGAAAGAAAAGAGUGAGAAUUUAUGUACUCUGUCUGAAAAAGAUGGUUUUAAUCAAUUAAAUGGAGAAAUCCAGCUUUCAGAAGAUGGGCACAUCACUUGCUGCACAACCGGAAGCACAUUACUGACAGCAGAGCAACAUAAUUCACUUGCUGAUUCAGGAGUUAGAAUCGAUGCUGGAAAUUCAGCUACCUUCUCCCAGUCUGUGGAAACAAGGGCAGAGUAUUCUGAAUGUGUGGUGAUACAGGGAUCAGAUCUGGCAGAUGAUGAGUCUCUGCUACAUGAAGUUGUAUUACCAGCUGAAGCAGAUGGCUCGCCUGGAUUAGUCCAAGCGCACUUUGUGAGUGAGGAUACAGCUGGUGGGCUCUCAGCUCCUCAGCUUCGUAGCUCUGUGUCGGAGGGUGCAAUGGGCAGUGAGAGCCAUAACUUAGCAACAAGUGAAGAAAAUGGACACCAUCAAAAAUACCAGAAACUGCAAGAAGAAAAUUGUAAUUUUGCAAUUAAAGAACAUUCUGAACAACUCUAUAAUGAAAAUAUUACUGAUGAGAUGCAGGGACUUGAAAAAGCGUUAUCAACAAACAUUGUGCCAGUAAACCACACACACAGUGCUCAGACUGAGUUGAACCAGAGCCCUGCUCAGGAAGCCUCCGUGUCUGCUCAUGUGAACCAUGAAAACUCUCUUAAAAAUGCAAGUGACUGUUCUUGUGGGACAGAGGAACAACAUGAGCUAGAGAACAGAGUUACUGUGGAUGAAACUGUAGCCUUUGAGAUUACUGAUGAGAGCCGUGAUUUUUUGUCUCAGGGACAUGAACAGAUUUUUAUUCAGACUUCAGAUGGGCUUAUCAUGUCUCACCCAGAUACUGCUGUUCUGUCUCAGGCAGAAGACGUUGUUAUUGUAACUGAUUCCAAUGGUAUUACAAUGCACAUCCCCACGCCUGAGGGGAUGCCUUUGGAAACUGUGGAAACCCUACUGGAAAUGGAAGCAGAUGGCCAAAGUGCAGAUGAUGCAUCCUUUAUCAGUUCUAAGCUUGGACCUUCCUAUGAACUUCACACUGCCUUGUAAUAAUCAUAAUAAAAAGGUAUCCUUGACCAUCA